AUGUCUUUUGCAGCAAUCCCAUUUGCGUUCCCCCCAGAAGUUGCUAUCACUCACGUAGGGCCAGUUGCAGCCUCAGUGACGCGAUCAUUCUCGCCUCAGACGAUACGGGAAGAGUUAGGCUGCCUGUGCAGCUCCUUCAUCGCCAAGCACAUACCUGCCUUGGGUUACAACUCCAUUCAACCAGAGAGGACACAAGCAUUGUAUUAUCCCUCGUGGUGCGUUGAUGCAGAAGCAGAGGCUAAGGCCUGGUUUUCUUCCGACCCGGACGUCCCACCUGAGGUCGUCACCGUGCAUUUUCAACAUGCAGAAUUGCCGGGCAAUGGCACGGAGCUUGCUCGCGUAUCCCUUCGAGACGAGACCAUUACCUACAGAGAUACAGAGCCAUUUGUUCCUACCCUUGCAAAUCAACACGGUUCUGAAAUCCUUUGCCUCCCAUUCAACAUCAAUCCACUGGAGCUACUCAGUAGAGCACGUGACAUUUCUUUUGGCGCGACCAAGGUCGACGAUGAUUUCCGCUUUGACCCUCGAUCGAUAAAGUUUAAUUUGGUGGCAGCUUACCCCGUUUUGAUUCCAGUGUACGUUCUACAAUAUGCACCUCAAGGCCCGUAUUCUCGUGUAACGGUUGUUGUAGAGGCAUAUGCAGACCCGGUGAGAUCCAUUGCACAGCCGCACAUUUUCACCUUUUCCAACCUACAGUUGACAUACAAGGGACGAUACUACGUUCACUUCGUUAACAGUCCUGGCUUGAAAAAACUUCCAGCCCAAGACUUCUUCGAUGAAGAGGACUUUAUUGCUAUGGGCGUCUCGGGCAGUAAAUGCCGCUUUUCGCCAUGCAUCAUCUCGCCCCGAAGUCGCCCAAGCGCUUCCGAAGAUUUGUGCGCAUGGAUGUCUAACUUCUUCGAGAACAGAGAUGCUCCGCUGCGAUUGACAAGUAAACAAUCUAUCGAUAUGGACGAUUGCAGAGUUCGUGAGUGGACAGAAGAGGAGGUUUCGCCUGUCCAUGAGUGGAUGCAACUGGGGAAAGAUCUAGUUCGAAUCAGGGGUAUGAUAAAGACCAUUUCUACUGUCAACGUAGACCAAAUCAAGGUGUUCGAGUUUCCACCGCGGAUGAACACCGAUCCCAAAAAGGUCGCAGCAGGCUUGCAGGGGUUCUUCAAAGCAGAAGGAGAGAGGCUACGUAAACUUGAAGAAACUCGCGCGGCGCGGACUCCUGCAUGGUGGCGGCAGUGGCAAGACAGCCAAAAACCCACCUGA